UGUUUCUGGUCUUGGUCCUGUCUGCAAUCAAUAAAUGUUUGCAGGACCUCGGCAUUGAAACCUUUUUUUCCUUUCUUUUUCUUUUUCUUUUGCCAACAGAUUGAACCACGAAGCCAAAAUCCAAAGCCUGAAACAAAAAGGGCUAGAAACAUGGCAGCCAGCAAUGGAAGUUUUAGCUUAUUUUUCUUUUUCUUGUCUUUUGUUGUCAUAAUCCCAACCCUGCAAGCUCACAUUGCUGAAUAUGAUGAUUACUGGAAGCAACGUGAAAUGGAAGCUAAAGAACAUACCGAGAAGGCAUAUAACCCCAAUCCCGAGGAAGUCACCCAGCAUUUCAACCACCAUGUUGCCAGGUAUAAGAGUGUGAGAUUAUUAAUUGCCAUUUUUCAAACAACGAUUUUCUUUUUUUUUUUUGUUGAAUUGACCUUGAUGGGGUUUAAUAGCACAAGGCGGAAUUUGAGGGGAAAGAGGAAAGGUGGUCCCUGCGAGGCAACCAACCCCAUCGACCAAUGCUGGCGCUGUGAUCCUAACUGGGCAAGAAACAGGAAGAGGCUUGCUGAUUGCGCCCUUGGAUUUGGUCGUGGUACUAUUGGUGGAAAGAACGGAAGGUUUUACGUGGUGACAGAUCCUUCAGAUAAUGAUAUGGUUAAUCCUAAACCUGGAACUCUACGUCAUGCUGUGAUCCAAAAGCGGCCUCUCUGGAUCGUCUUCAAAGGAAGUAUGAUCAUCAAGCUCAACCAGGAGCUCAUUAUGACUAGCGACAAAACCAUCGAUGCUAGGGGAGCCAAUGUGCAUGUGGCUUAUGGGGCUGGUAUUACUAUCCAGUUUGCGAGGAAUAUCAUUAUCCAUGGCCUCCAUAUUCAUGACAUUGUUCAGGGCAGUGGUGGCAUGAUCAGGGAUGCUGAAGACCACUAUGGAUACAGGACAAGGAGCGAUGGUGAUGGGAUUUCUCUUUUCGGAGCAACCAACGUUUGGCUUGACCAUCUUUCCAUGUAUCAUUGCUAUGAUGGUCUCAUUGAUGCCAUUCAGGCUUCAACUGCCAUUACCAUCUCCAACUGCCAUUUCACUAACCACAAUGAGGUGAUGUUGUUUGGGGCAAGUGAUAGCUACUCCGACGAUCAGAAGAUGCAGAUCACUGUUGCUUUCACCCACUUCGGUAAAGGAUUGAUACAAAGGAUGCCAAGAUGCCGAUGGGGGUUUAUCCAUGUGGUCAACAAUGACUACACUCAUUGGCUCAUGUAUGCUAUUGGAGGCAGCAGCCACCCUACCAUCAUCAGCCAGGGCAACCGAUUUGUUGCUCCAGCAAACUCGGCAGCCAAGGAGGUGACCAAGAGGGACUAUGCACCACCAGAAGUAUGGAAGAGUUGGAAUUGGAGAUCAGAGGGUGAUCUGAUGGUGGACGGGGCAUUUUUCACUCAAUCUGGAGAUCCAAAUGCCAGCAAGAAAUACGCAGGCAACAAUAUGAUAUAUCCUAAGCCUGCUCAUAUGGUGUCCAUGCUCACAAGACAUGCUGGAUCACUUGACUGCAUCCGUGGCCGGCCUUGUUAACACUUAAAUGCAAGCCUACUCUCAUCACUGCACUAGGAAGCACAGCGAGUGGAAGUGGUAAAUGGGAAUUAAUUGUUCUUGUAUUCCAUCAACUUUCCCUCGUAUAAAUCAGUCGGGGAAGAUGGAAUUGCGUAAGGGAAAUUUUGAAUUGGGGCUUGUUGCAAGGGGAAUGGAAGCAAAUUUCAAGAUUAUAUGAGUUUCUGUUGCUGCUGUAGGUUGGGGGA